AAUUUUAAUUCUCAUGAAAAAAAUAUUAAAAAUGGGAAAUUGUAAUACAACAACACAAGAUGAUAAAAAUCAAAGUGAUGUUAAUUUCCAAAUUCAAAGACAAAUCGAAGUUGAUAGAAGAAAUAAUGAAUCCACAAUUAAAUUACUUUUACUUGGUGCCGGGGAAAGUGGAAAGAGUACAGUGUUAAAACAAUUAAAAAUAAUUCAUGAUAAUGGAUUUUCUGAUAAUGAUUUGUUGUCGAAAAGAAAUUUAGUUUAUGGAAAUGUUAUUCAAGUAAUUUUUGAAAGAAAAAUAUUUUUUAAGAAAUAA